UUGGUCGGGCUCGGGGCUCCAGGUUCUAGUUUAGGCCGCGGCUGGAGCCGGGAGCUGUCAGUGCGGAAUGGGCGGCCGGACGGUGCGGGCUCUGCUGCUCCUCGGGCUCUACUGCGGGGUCAUCACGGCUCUGCUGGGGUGCGGGGUCCUGCGGGCUGCGGCCGAUGAUGAAGGAGAAAAUGAUGAGACCUCGGACCUGCCGCACCCCCCCACAGGAGAUCAGUUGGACCCUGAGACUUCACCAUGGUGGACGGAGGAGGAGGAGACCCCCCAGACUCCUGCACCCCUGAACCCAGACCAGGAAACCCCUCAGGAUCCAGAGACAAACGCACAGACAGUCACCUUCCUGGACAACACAGACGUCCCUGAGGGGGGCCCCGGGGCCACGGGUACAGAUGUCCAGAAAUCAGUGAUCACAGCCAUCGGGGGGACGGCGGAGGGAGAGCCCUGUCAUUUCCCCUUCCUCUUCAUGGAGAAGGAAUACGAGGAGUGCACGUCAGACGGCCGGGAGGACGGGCGCCUAUGGUGCGCCACCACCUACGAUUACAAGAGCGACCUGAAAUGGGGCUUCUGCGAAACGGAGGAAGAAGCCGCCCAGAGGCAUCAGAUGCAGGAGGCGGACGACCUGUUCCAGCAGGGGAUGAAGAUGCUGAACGAGAGCACCAAGCGGUCCCAGAGGAGAGAGGCUUACCAAUACUUCCUGAAGGCUUCAGACAUGAAUCACAUGAAAGCCAUGGAGAAGGUGGCCUACGCCUUGUUGUUUGGAGACCCCUUGAAGCAGGAUAUCCCCUCCGCCAAAACUCUUCUGGAGAAACUGACUGAGCAGGGAUCCCCCCGAGGGCAGACGGCUCUUGGUUUCCUCUAUGCAGCCGGUCUUGGUGUGAACUCCAGUCAGGCGAAGGCUCUUAUCUAUUAUACGUUUGGAGCGUUAGGAGGGAACCUCAUUGCACAUAUGGUUCUGGGUUAUCGCUACUGGGCUGGGAUCGGUGUUCUGCAGAGCUGUGAAUCUGCCCUGACACAUUAUCGACUGGUUGCAAAUCACGUGGCCAGUGACAUUUCACUUACCGGAGGAACCGUAGUUCAGAGGAUUCGCCUCCCCGAUGAGGUCGAGAACCCCGGGAUGGCCAGUGGCAUGCUGGAGGAAGAUCUGAUCCAAUACUACCAAUUCCUGGCCGAGAAAGGAGAUGUGCAGGCUCAGGUCGGCCUCGGGCAGCUUCAUCUACAUGGAGGACGUGGUGUAGAACAGAACCAUCAGAGAGCCUUCGAGUACUUCAACCAGGCGGCCAACGCCGGAAACUCGCACGCCAUGGCGUUCCUGGGAAAGAUGUAUUCAGAGGGCAGCGACACUGUGCUGCAGAGCAACGAAACUGCCCUACAGUACUUCAAGAAAGCAGCGGACAUGGGGAACCCCGUGGGGCAGAGCGGUCUGGGUAUGGCGUAUCUGUACGGCCGCGGCGUCCCUGUGAACUAUGACCUGGCGCUGAAGUAUUUCCAGAAGGCUGCGGAGCAGGGCUGGGUGGACGGGCAGCUUCAGCUCGGGUCCAUGUACUACAAUGGCGUCGGAGUGAAGAGAGAUUACAAACAGGCCCUGAAGUAUUUUAACCUGGCGUCUCAGGGGGGUCACAUUUUGGCUUUCUACAACCUGGCUCAGAUGCACGCCACCGGCACCGGAGUCCUGCGCUCCUGCCAAACCGCUGUAGAACUGUUUAAGAACGUGUGUGAACGCGGCCGAUGGUCGGAGAGGCUGAUGACUGCGUAUAACGGCUACAAGAACGGAAACUCCAACACCGCUGUGGUCCAGUACUUGUUACUGGCCGAGCAGGGAUACGAGGUGGCGCAAAGUAACGCGGCCUUCAUCCUGGACCAGAAAGAAGCCUAUCUGUUUGGUGAAAAUGAGACGUACCCGCGCGCUCUCCUGCACUGGAACCGGGCGGCUGCACAAGGAUAUACCGUGGCCCGGCUGAAGCUCGGUGAUUAUCAUUUCUACGGCUACGGGACGGAGAUCGAUUAUGAGACGGCGUUUAUUCAUUACCGGUUGGCGUCGGAGCAGCAGCACAGCGCACAGGCCAUGUUUAAUCUGGGCUACAUGCAUGAGAAGGGGCUGGGCAUUAAACAGGACAUCCACCUCGCUAAGCGGUUUUAUGAUAUGGCGGCUGAAGCCAGUCCAGAUGCCCAGGUCCCGGUCUUCCUGGCGCUGUGUAAACUCGGCUUCUUGUACUCGCUCCAGUAUCUGCAGGAGCUGAAUAUGAAGGAGAUGGUGUCGCAGGUGGAUAUGGAUCAGCUGCUGGGGCCGGAGUGGGACCUCUACCUGAUGACCAUCAUAGCGCUGCUGCUCGGGACCGUCAUCGCGUAUCGCCAACGGCAACCACAGGUGAUUCCGAGACCUCCAACCCCUGCACCGAGACCGCCACAGCAGGAUCAGCCGCCACAGCAGGAAGCGCAGCAGCUGCCGCCGCCUCAGUGACAUCACUGCGUCCUGUGAGUAGAGACCGGAGCUCCUGCAGCAUCACCUGACGUAUGCAACCACUGGGCGACUGACUCCACGCCAGGGUCGUCAUUGUGUUUCCCGUCUCUGCGCUGUCUGAAGAGUCCGGAGGAUUCCGCUAUUUAUUACAGACUCGAUCUCUGGGACUGAUGGGAAAAAUCCAGAACUAUUUCCUCAAUAGGGCCAAAUGCUUUUAUAAUCUGAUCCGAUGUGGGGUCCUCUCUGUCCACCAUCCUGCCACACCACUAGAGGUCACUAGUAUGCGGCUUCUCCCACAUACAUGUUCUGUGCCGGGGGGGGGGGGGGGGGGGUAGCAGGACCCCUCUGUACUGUGGACCCCGGGCCCCCCCCCCCCCCCUGUACCGUGGACGCGGUUAUAUGUGGGGCUCACAGAUCAGCCGCCAUCUCUAGAUGAUUAUUUUUAUAAAGCGCUUGUAAGGGUUUCAAUUGUUCCUUCUUAUUCUCCCCCCCCCCCCCCCUUAAAUUUGGGGUGCAGUCCCUAAGGUGGAACUCUGGGUAAAAGAUAAAAUUUAAAGAGGUAUUCCAGCCCCUAACAGGGUCCCCCCGAUCCACAAUACUCCUGCGCCCCCAUAGACAACCCACUUUAUCUCUCAUCAGGAAGCGUCACAAUCAGAUCCCCCCCCCCCCCCCCCCCCAUAAUGUGAAUAGCGAUUAAGUUUUUAGGGCAGUGUUUCCCAACCAGGGUGCCUCCAGCUGUUGCAAAACUACAACUCCCAGCAUGCCACAGGCUGUGUUCUAGGGGCUGGAAUACCCUUUUAUGUUGUUGAACAGAGUCUUGGUGCCCAGCAGUCCCAAAAAUAUAAUUUACCUCAUCACUGACUGUCACCAGCGACCUGUGCCAGGCAUCACUACCUGAGGGUCAGUACAAUAAGGUGCCCUGGAGAACUUCUCUAUCUUCUUCAUUACCCAUCUCUGCUGCCUUUGGCCUUGAAGAAAACAAAAUGAAAGGUAAGACAACUGUCUAGUCGGCAAGACCCCGGCUGUCCGAGCAUGCUGGGAGUUGUAGUUUUGCAACAUCUAGUAGUUUGAAGACUACUGAUCUAGCAUAAGCUUAGUGAUGCCUGGCACAGACUUCAAUCUAUCCCUCGGGUAGUGAUGCCUGGCACAGACUACAAUCUAUCCCUCUUGUAGUGAUGCCUGGCACAGACUUCAAUCUGCCCCCCCGGUAGUGAGGCCUGGCACAGACUUCAAUCUGCCCUCCGGUAGUGAUGCCUGGCACAGACUUCAAUCUGCCCCCCCGGUAGUGAUGCCUGGCACAGACUUCAAUCUGCCCUCCGGUAGUGAUGCCUGGCACAGGUUGGUAUUGUCGGUGGUGAUGAUGGGGGUUGUAGUUUUUAGUUUCCCGCUGCUAUCAGGACAUUUCAGGAUUUUUGCUCUGUCCGCAGAGGAUUGUGUGACUGCCGCCCGUCACAUGACUAUUGGACUCUCUCCUGUGGGGCGAGUUGUCGCUGAUUCCUGGCGGUGGCGCCGCUGUGAGGGGUCAGGGUUCAGCGCUGUCGCUCUCUGGCUUGUGAGUUUUAUUUAAGUAAUAAAAUCAGAAAAAGA